UUGAACGAAAAAAUGGCGGUCUAUUAUGUACCACUAUUUAUCUGACUUAUCACCGUGACCACGGUUUAAUAUUUUUUAAAUCCACGACUUAAUAGAUACCACAAUAUUUGCUAUCACGACAAUAAUAAAUAACAAAUAAUGAUAGCGGGGAAUUUUCAAAAUAUAAUUCUUCCGAAUUUCUUCGUCACCCUCAAUUUUUUUAGUUUAAAUUUAUCAGACGAUGAUUCUGUAGUUAAAAUGGACAAGACAGCCGUGUUCAAAGCGUAUGUCAAGACUAUCAAAACGAGAAACAGGGCGUUCGGGUCUCCAGCACCGCCACAGGUGGAUAUUCUGAAGCAACGUAAGCCACGUAGAGACGAAUUUUCUCGUAGGGCUAAGGAUAUCGUCAACGAUCUAGUCAAGCUAACAGACUUCUUGAACCGCCACUUUAAGGACUAUAUCGACGUCCAGGCUUUUAAUCAGCAGACUACGUUAACAGAUGCGGACCGUGACAAAAUCGAUAUUGGCGCGCAGCACAUCAUCAAAACGUGCGGUCAACAGUUGAUCGUGCUCAAAAAGAGUUUGACAGGUGAUUGCAGUCAAAUUGACGAUCAUAGAUGGCAGAUCAUACGCUAUGUUGAAUGGCGGCAAAAAUCCGUUACUAAGUUGUUUGCAGAGAUCAAAGCAACUCGAGCCCAAAGGUGUCUAGAGUAUGAAAACGUUUCAAAGUUGAGCAACUUAACUCACGGUUUUCAACCCCCAAAAGAAACCAAUAACGCAGCCGCUGUUGAGUAUGAAGCUGCUGACCGACAGUAUGCAGCUCAACUAGAUGAUGAAUUGUCACCAGAAGAAUUGCAAAUGUUCGAAGCCGAAAAUAUAGAAAUGUACAAUGAAUUAAAUCAAUUAUCAAAUGAAGUGAGGAAUAUAGAGUCCAAAGCUGUACGAAUCGCUGAGUUACAAGAGUUGUUUACUGAAAAAAUAUUGGAACAAGAUCAGGAUCUCGAGAGGAUAGACACAAUCGCAGUUAAUACUACUGAGAACAUUGUUGAUGCUAACACUGAAAUAAGAUCAGCGAUACAAACCAACGCUGGUCUUAGAGUGUAUAUAUUGUUCUUUAUAUUAGUACUUUCAUUUACCUUACUAUUUUUAGAUUGGUACAAUGAUUAAAUGUGAUAUGUUAUACCAAAACCACAACUAAAGAAAAUUGUCAUUGUUGAAAGUGAUUUGGAUAAGGUGAACUUGUUGUGAAGAUUUUAUGUAUCUUUGGUUAUUAAUUUAUUAAGUUUGAUAUAGUAUUAUUUAUUCAUUCAGCUGUUUUGAUAUUUCUUGCAAACAAUUAUCAUUUUUUUAAACUUUUGAAAUACAUAGAAGUUGUUUUAACA